AUGGCAACUAGAUCGACCCGCUGGGUCGAGUUCGGUGAGAAGGUCAACCAGGUGACGUGCACCGACAGCGUGGCGACCUGUACGCGCACCAAGUAUGUCUACAAGGGUUGCCUGUUACCUGCAGACAGCAUUAUGGUGGCGAACCCCAAAGACAUCAUCAGUCAGGCUUCUCCGGGCUCUAACAAACUUCGCUUCACCCUCGCGAGCAUGUUGUUCCAGAUGAAACUCAGCAUCUGGGACAGCGUCAACGAUGAAGUCAUAUCGCUGAUCAAUAUGCCUAUGUCGCUCACCCAAGAGGCAGUCGAAAGCAUGGAGCAUGUCGCUGCUAUUGGAGAAGAGCCGGCUAAAGAAGGGAAGAAAGAACUCAUAUUGACGAUCUUAAGCGUUAUGUUCCUCGUCAUUGCGUUCGCUGGCGAGACCCUCGAUGAAGCCAACCUCAGCAAGAUUGGAACCAUCUUCAAGAAGAAGGCUGAUGUUAUCCAGAACAUCAUUCACAAGCACAGCAACCAGUCGGUUCAUUAA